AUGUCUACAGAAUCUCCACCCCCGGAAUCUCCACCCACAGACCCCCUACCCUCAGAAUUCCUCUACGGAUUCAAAUACUGUCCCCACAAAAUAGCCCACGGUAACACCUGCGGUAUCUACCACUCAGGUCUCGGCUCCGGCAAUCGAAGCACGUGCGCGUGUCCACCGGGUCUGAGAAGUGAGGGAUCUGUUUCCAAAACAUCUUUGUCCGGAGUGUGA